UUGGACCGGACUUUUGCAGUUUGCUGAAUAUUAUUUAUUCUCAAUUAAUUGAAGUACAAUUAAUUACAGGAGUAAUUUGAUAGAAGGAAUAACGUGAUUACCUUUAGUUCAGGUUGUUUUAGUUUUUUAAGUCUACAAGCACCUAGUUUUGAUUCGUUGUAAUUUUCAAAUAUCAAGAUCCUUUAAAAAAAAUUUAAAAUGUCUUUCAUGUGGCAACAAAUAUCUAGAAGAGUAUAUCAAGUUCAGCAUUUGCAACAAUUCGUUAGACAUCUGAAUCUACUAGAAUAUCAAAGCAAAAAUCUUCUCAGAGAAAAUGGUGUGGCCAUUCAAAAUUUCUGCCUCUUAGAUAAGGAUGAUAAGUCAGAAAUCAAUAAAUUCGUGGUUGAUGAAUAUGUUAUCAAGGCACAAAUUCUGGCUGGAGGCAGAGGUAAAGGGCACUUCAACAAUGGCUUUAAGGGCGGAGUUCAUAUCACUAAAAAUAAAAAUGAAAUAGAUGCAAUUGUGAAUAAAAUGCUUGGAUUCAACCUGAUAACUAAACAAACUCCCAAGGAUGGUAUUCCAGUGAAAAAGGUGAUGGUUGCUGAGAGUGUUAAUAUUAUGAGGGAAACUUAUCUGUGUAUUGCAAUGGAUCGAAGUUCGAACGGGCCUGUCAUUAUUGCAUCACCAGCAGGUGGGGUGGAUAUAGAGGGGGUUGCUGAAAAGACCCCACAUCUCAUCAAAAAUAUCCCUAUCGACAUAUUUGAAGGAGUUACCAAGGAGAAAGCUGAAGAAAUCGCAGAAUUUCUUGAGUUCAAGGGCGUACUGAAAACCAAAGCAGCUGAGGAAAUCCAGAAAUUAUACCAAAUGUUCUUGCAGUUAGAUUGUACACAGCUGGAAAUCAAUCCUCUUGUGGAGACUGACAAAAACGAAGUUAUAUCAGUAGAUGCUAAACUAAACUUCGAUGAUAAUGCCAAGUUCAGACAGAAGAAAGUAUUCGAAAUGGAGGAUGAUACAGAAAGUGAUCCUAGAGAGGUUGAAGCUGCAAAAUAUAACCUCAAUUAUAUUGGAAUGACUGGAAACAUUGGAUGUUUAGUUAACGGAGCUGGAUUAGCUAUGGCCACUAUGGAUAUCAUAAAAUUACACGGUGGAGAUCCGGCGAACUUUUUGGAUGUUGGGGGAAGUGUUAAAGAGGAACAGGUGGCUGCAGCUUUCAAAAUAUUAACGGCAGAUGAAAAAGUCAAAUCUGUUCUUGUGAAUGUGUUUGGUGGUAUCGUCAACUGUGCAACUAUUGCAAAUGGUAUAGUUAACGCAAUGAAAUCGAUGAAACUCAACAUACCACUAAUAGUGAGGUUAGAAGGUACUAAUGCCCAGGAAGCUAGAAAGAUUAUCAGCAACUCAGGUUUAAAUAUACAAGCAGCUCAAGAUUUAGAUGAUGCCGCACAACAAGCUGUGAAAAGUGUUUAAUUCUUAAACAAUACAAUUUAACUGUAUAGAAUGACUAGUCGAAAUCUUUGUUUUUUAAGAUGUAUAGAUUUAUAUUUUGUAUUAAGAUGACAAAUUCGUAUGCCUAUUUUAUAAUAUUUUUGUAUACACAUGAUUGUUAUUUCGAUUGCUCAAAUAAACCUGGUUACAUUUUC